AUGGAUCUGAGUGAACAGCAGACGGUGCAUUACUGUUCAGAUUCUGGAAAUGCUUCUUGCUUCAGAGAAAUCCGAGCAACAUCAGUGUGUGUGAUACUCUACCUGAUUUCAGGAGCAGUGGUAAUGAUUACAAUUGCUGGAAACCUGGUGGUUAUCAUUUCCAUUUCACAUUUUAAACAGCUUCACACGCCAACUAAUCUCCUUGUGCUCUCUUUGGCCGUGGCAGAUCUGCUUGUAGGUGCAAUUGUAAUGCCUUUCACAGUUAUUCAGUCUAUAGAAACCUGUUGGGAUUUUGGACACAUAUUUUGCUUUUUUUAUACAUUUUGCCUUGUAUUGCUAACCUCAGCUUCUGUAAACAAUUUGGUGUUAAUAGCUGUUGAUCGGUACUUUGCUUUGUGUGACCCAUUUUUUUACUCUAGCAAAAUAACGAAUAACUUGACUUUGCUUCUUAUUUUAUUUUCAUGGAUCAUAGCUUUAUGUUACACAGUAGCAGUGGUUUAUUUUAAAGUAAAUUUGGAAGAUGCAGAAGGAUUUAAUAAAUGCUCAAAUAACUGUCUAUUUGUGUUAAGUCCAGCUUGGGGCUUAAUUGAUCUCAUGGUUUCGUUUCUUUUGCCCUGUUUUGCAAUGUUAUGUUUAUACACAAGAAUAUUUUUUGUUGUAAAAAAACAUAUAAGAGCUAUUCAUUCUGUAACGGCUCAGGUAGGCGCUAAUAAUGGGAAACAAAAAGUUGCAAGUUUUUCUGAACGAAAAGCUGCAAAGACAUUAGGAAUUGUAGUGAUUGUGUUUUUUAUUUGCUGGGUGCCAUACCACAUUUGUACAAUUAUUGAUUCUUAUAUGGAUUAUUCAGUUCCCUCUCUUCUAAUGUAUAUUUUCUCAUGGCUCAUCUAUAUUAAUUCCGGCAUGAAUCCAAUAAUAUAUGCUUUAUUUUAUCCAUGGUUCAAAAAGUCAUCAAAACUAAUUAUAACUUUAAAGAUCUGUAGUCAUGCAUCUUCCUUAAUCAACCUGUUUUCUGAAAGCCAUUAG